AUGGUCACCAGGACAGAGGGUCAAAUUGAUGACUCUCUAAUUGGUGGCAAUGCCUCUGCUGAAGGUCCUGAGGGAGAUGGAACAGAAGCCACGGUCAUAACUGGUGUUGAUAUAGUAAUAAACCACCACCUUCAGGAAACCAGCUUUACAAAAGAAUCCUACAAGAAGUACAUCAAGGACUACAUGAAAGCAAUCAAAGCCAGACUUGAGGAACACAAGCCAGAGAGAGUAAAGCCUUUCAUGACAGGGGCUGCAGAACAAAUCAAACACAUCCUUGCUAACUUCAAAAACUACCAGGUAAUGAAACUUACAUCUCCUUACAGCAGUAUUGCAGUGAUACAAGCUGUGAUUGGUUCAUCUGGUGAACUAGUUUGA